AUGGCCAGUCUCCGCGGUAUUCAGCAACCCGAUCUCUCCAAGAAGCUCUAUCGCUUGAUCAAGACGGAGAACCACGCCAUUGGCGCAUACGAGGCCGCAGCCAAGGAGCAAGCCGCCAUUGCCUCUCAGCUCAGCGACUGGGGUGAGGAGACCGGUGAUGACGCUAUCAGCGAGAUCUCAGACAAGCUCGGAGUUUUGCUUGCUGAGAUUGCCGAGCAGGAGGAUGUCCUCGCUCAAGGUCUGGAAGACAGCAGAGGUGUCCUCAAGCAGAUCCGCAACACCGAGUCUUCUGUUCAGCCCUCGCGCGACCACAAGGCCAAGAUCUCGGACGAAAUCCAGAAGCUGAAGUACAAGGAGCCCAGCUCUGUCAAGAUUGUCACUCUCGAGCAGGAGCUUGUCCGCGCAGAGGCCCAAUCGCUUGUCGCUGAAGCCCAGCUCACCAACAUCACCCGUCAAAAGUUCAAGGAGGCCUAUGACCUUCACACCGCUGCCAUCAUUGAGCGUGCCGAGAAGCAGAUCCUAUUGGCCAAGAACGCAAGAAAGUUGCUCAACCUUGUUGAUGACACUCCCAUCGUUCCCGGAGACAUGCACCCUACCUUCUCUCACGCCGAGACCGCAAGAGAUGUGCUCAACGUAGCCGAGGACGAACUCAGAGCCUGGACUCCUGACAUUGAGCCUAUCCACACCAACGCUGGUGGCCUUGGUGUCAACGCCAUGCCCUCUGCCUCUGUACCCGGAACCUCUAUGCAGGGUCACACCAGCGAUGUCUCCAGCUCUAUCGAUGCAGGACACAGCGCCAUCCCUGCUCAGCAAUCCGAGUACGCUCAGCAGUCCGAAUACCCUAGCCAACACUCCGAAUACCAAGAGUCAUACGCCACUCCCUCUGAGCCUUCUGCCAUCGCCCAAGAGCCUGUUUCAUCUCAAUACCAGACCCAGCCUCAGACUCACACCACCGCCACUACUGCCACCGAGACACCAUACCCCACUGACGAACAUGACCACGAGCAUGCACGUAACGUGGCUGCUCGCGUUCUCGGCUAG